AUGGCUACCCGGCGAGACACCUGCCAAGCAGACCGUUCGCCUGGAAAUGGCUGGCGCUUCAGCAUGGAGCUAGACGUAGUGAGGCAAGCGCUCGAUGAUGGCCAAGACUUGUCGCAACUACGAGACAGAUGGGGCAACUCACUGCUCGAUGGAAUGAUAUGUCGACCUUGCAGGGCCUCGUUGACAGAAGACUGGCCAAGUUACUUGGGGACUGUGCGGACUCUGUCCGCCCAAGGGGCCAAAUGUCGGAUUCGAAUGGACAUGCUCCUUGAGGAUGAGCUCUCGGAUAGGCUGAGCAUCGACAAACUCCAGAUCGCCUUGCACGCAGGGCUCAGGGACAAGCUCAAGGUGGAGGCUUUCCUGCAUUUUCAUGUGGAGCAGGGCACACCCUGCCCAGCCUCGCUGGACACGUGCCUUCUUCGACGCCUGAUCCGUGAAUUACCACGGGUGCACCUGCUAUCGGUGAAGCUACAGUGCCUUGAGGUCACGAAGCUGCUCCUGAAGACAAACGCCCGCUCUGCUAUAAGCACAGUGCGCCGGGAGAUCAGAUGCAUUUACCUACGAAUGAAGAACCUGCCCGGGUUGUUGGCAGACUAUGCGGCGACUGCCCCGUUUCAGCAAAGCAUGUGGGAUGCAUUGGCGUUGUUGGCGCCGAGCAUCUGGGCAUCCCAGAUGGACUUGGUGCGGCAGUGGUGUACGCUUCCACAGGUGCUUGCGAUGGAUGCCUUGGCGGUGCGGUUCCUGUACAGUCUGACUGGGCCCAAAGGCAUGGACCUUCCAGACCCUGCGCUUCGUGCCGUUGAAGCCUUCAUGCUGGGCACGGAGCUGCACGUCCAAGCCUUUGAGAUCGAGUGCCAGCUAGCUCAAGUGGCCGCUCAGACAAUUCGUGAUUGA